AUGGGUAACUCACAAUAAUCACCUAAAUAUAGAAAUAAUAAUGACCAUCUAAUAAGUUUCUAUUUAUAUAUAUUCCUUAGAUAUCUUGCCUUAAAAACAAUUAAUUGAUGAAACACUUGAAGAAAGCUCGAUUUUCAAUUUAGAAGAUAUAAGGUCUCCAUAUAUGGAAGAACUUAAUUCUACUGCCAGGGGGGAAAUAAGGAAGGUUUCUGAAAUGCUAGAAGUGGAUUAAGGAAAAACAAGAAGUAAGAUUAUUCAAACUAACAAUUUAAGGAAUGAAUGUCAUGUUAUAUGAAAAUGAAAUACCUUAAAUUUGUGAACUCUUGAAUCAAAUCCCUUUAAUCAAAGGCGAUAAGACAAAAGAGUUAUUAAACUCUUAUGAAUCUCCAUCUGGUCAUAAAGCUUAAGCAUUGGGCAGUUAACCAAUUGUUCAAUUUCUUAAGUGCAAUGAAAGACUUAUUUAUUAGGGUCAAUGGUUGAGAUAAUAAAGAGAUGGAUUUGGACUAUGUUUUUACUCUAAUAGUUCAAUCUAUGUGGGAAAUUGGAUUAAUGAUUAAAGAGAUGGUCAUGGAAGAAUGAUAUUUGAAAAUAAUGACAAUUACACUGGAUUUUGGAAAUAAGGAAAGUAUCAUGGAUUUGGUACUUUAAUUAGUUCUGAUAAUUUUUAUGAAGGAAAUUGGGAAGAUGGAGAAAAAGUAUUUUUAAUUAUUUAAGUUAGGAUGGUUAAGGAAUAGAGAUUAGGACUAAUAAAUCUAAAUAUGAAGGGAUGUUUAAAAAAGGAAAGAAACAUGGAUUUGGAAUAAUUAAAUAUAUUGAUAAUUAAUUAUAUAAAGGAGAAUUUAUAGAUGGGCAAUAUGAAGGAUAAGGAGAAUAUUAUUGGAAUGAUGGAAGUAAUUAUAUUGGAGAAUGGAAAUGUAAUAAGAUGCAUGGAAUUGGAGUGUUUACUAAUAAAACUAAUGAUGUUUAUAAAGGUAUAAUAUUGUAAAUAGAUUUAGGUUCAUUUGCAAAUGAUAAGAAGAAUGGAAUAGGAAUGUUUAAAUGGAGUAAUGGAACAAUUUUAAAGGGAAUAUGGGUUAAUGGAUAAUUAGAUGGCUAGGCAACCAUAACUAAGCCAACUGGAGAAUCUAUUAUCUUGUAUUAUAAAAAUGGAUAAAAGAUUGCAUGA